AUGUCCCAGGGCCCCCAAGGCAAGUCCUUAAGGCUCGUCGGGCGUAUGUCUCACACAGCACUGCCGACGGAUGCGUCCAGUCCGGAAGCCUCCCAGAACUGCGAAAGGGAAGGGGGAAAAAACCGAGUCGGCCCAGAAGUAGAUGCCGCGAUCCGGACGGCACGGACUUGGUGUAACAGACCGAACCCAACGGCUGAGCGUGGUGGGCUUCGGGCUGCGGCACGCCUGCACGGUCGUCGCUGGAGCUCGUCGCCGGGCUCCUUAUCAGCGGUGAUAUCCGUUGCUGGCGUCGAGCAGCAAUGGAUGAAUCGGCGGCGAGCUGGUGCAAUCUCACAGAGAAAAGGAGAAACUCAGCAUCUUGGGCAACGAUCCGCCUCUCCCAGCCUUUCGCGGGGACGAGCAAGCAACCGGGAUCUGUCAGUCGAGCAGAGCAAUGGAAGCAGGACAGAGAGAGGGUCUCCAAACGCGAGAUCGCCACGGACCUUCAGGGGACAGGCCAUGUUAAUAUUGCGCACAUCGUCCUUCACACAAGUCCCGGCCCCCCAACGGCAAAGCGACUAGGUCCAGGUCCCAGGUCCCGGUCCCGUUCAGCCAAGCUCAGCCAAGCAAUAAACCCAAUCCCAAGCCUGCUUCGAGGCUAGGCUAGCUACCUUAGACAGCCCCGGCCGUCGGGAAUUCGAGUUGGAGUGACGGGCCACGCACCACAAGCUCUGAGACUUGCAAGCCACCGUCUUAGCGCGGCCCAUUCACCGUCGCCCAAAGUGAGCGACCCCUGUAACCAGCUCGCCGACCGCCUGAAGAGAGGCGAGAGGAGCAGUGAGCUGGCAACGGGGCUUGAUUGAUCGGCC